GCGCUGCGGUAAUUGGUAUUCACUAACGUGUCAAACCUCAUCGACGAACUGUAGGCUGUGAUAACUCGAGGCUGCGCGCACGGACGAGAUAGGGCUUGCAACAAAAACCGUAAAUUGAAACCGGUAAUUAAACAAAUAUAGUGUUUUAUUAGUAAAGAAAAUGUUUUAUUGAGUUAAUAAUGUUGUCUGAAUAAACAUUUAGCAAAAUAAAUAUAAAUUUAUUCACUAAACAUUUAAUUUUGUCUUUUAACUUGAAUUUGAAUAAGCUUGUUUCCAUGGCCGUAAAAAAGACUAAGAUGUCACGCCACGCCAAACAACAUUCCAGACGCGCGUUUUUUGUAUUUGUCUUGUUUAGUUUCUACACUAAGAUAAUUCUUUUUUUAAAUUAAUUGAAAUUCAUAACUUUGGAUCUAUCUAUCAAAUAGCAUGUCAAGAAGUGCGGUUCCUUCUCAAGAGCAGUUGGAGAUGCUGGUGGAAUGCAUGGAGGAGCAGCGAUGGCUUGCGACAGGCCAUGCACGAACAGCCAAUGCUAGGGACCGUACUAAAGUCGCUUGGGGAGACAUUGCUGUUAAACUAAACAGCGACGGCCGUGGCUGUUUAAAAACAUGGCAGCAAUGGUCUAAGUACUGGAAAGAUAAGAAGGCUGCAACAAAAAGAAAAGCCAGCCUUCUAAGGGUGGCAAGACAAAAAACUGGUGGUGGUGCGGUGGAGGAAUUAGCGCUUUCUGUUGUAGAAGAACGCAUUAUAAAUAUAAUGGGUGGAGAAGGCUUUGCUCACGGGGAUCGUGAACUAGAAAUUAACCCUUUCCAUGAAUCCAGUGAAGAUCAUCCUAACAGAAAAGAGCUUGAAGAAGCUAUUUCUUUGAAUAUACCCAGCGCUUCUACAUCAGAUGUGGAUUCAUCUAUAAGUAUCUUACAGUCAAUAACAGUGGAGCCUGGGACUAUACCUAUAUUAGCCACAGGAACUGAAGAGUCUACACCUUCUAUACCAGAUCCACAGCCAGGACCAUCAUGGCGGAGGGAUAAUCUGGAGAGUAUUCCUCAAUACCCUGCAGAACAACAGAUGUAUGACAAUAGACCUACACCACCGCCACCAUCAUCACCACCACCACCACCACAACCACCACCACCACCCACCACUUCAAGACGCAGUGCUACUUUAUCUCCACGCCGUCGUUUAACUGCACCACGACGACGCUUACUCCGGCGCUCACCUCCUUCACAGCGGCAGUCUCAACUGAGAAGUCUUACAGAGAGAUUUGUCGCUAUAGAAGAGCGCCGAGUAGAGACAGAAAGGAUCUUGGCAGAGAACCAGCGAGCCUUAGUUCAUGCCUUACAACAAAUAAGUGACGCAUGGCUAAGGCAAAGUCAAUCCCUGUCAGAUUUAGUUCAAAAAAUAAAAAAAUAAAUCUUU